AUGGCUAGUUUGUUAACACGGAAAUGUAUUAUUGUUGGAAAAUUAACAAAAUAUGUGAACGACUACACAAAAAGACUCUCCUCUCACUUUAUUUAUUAUCCUGAUAAUGAAAAACCGGUGGCUGGUGAAACCACAAAAAUGAACAUGAUGCAAGCAAUAAACAAUGCAAUGGACAUCACACUGAGAGAUGACCCGACGGCUGUGUUAUUUGGUGAAGAUGUUGCAUUUGGUGGAGUCUUUAGAUGUGCUUUGGGUUUACAGGACAAAUACGGUAAGGAUAGAGUUUUCAACACACCUCUGUGUGAGCAAGGCAUAGCUGGUUUUGGUAUUGGACUUGCAACUGCAGGAGCUACAGCUAUAGCUGAAAUACAAUUUGCUGAUUACAUAUUCCCAGCUUUUGAUCAGUUAGUGAACGAAGCAGCAAAGGCGCGGUACCGUUCGGGUGGUCAAUUCGACUCGGGCGCUCUCACAGUUCGCACCCCGUGCGGCGCCGUGGGCCACGGCGGCCUGUACCACUCGCAGAGCCCCGAGGCCUACUUUGCACAUACGCCUGGACUACGGGUGGUCAUGCCCAGAGGUCCUAUAACCGCUAAAGGCCUUCUGUUGUCCUGCAUCAGGGAGCGAGACCCCUGCAUAUUCCUGGAGCCUAAAAUUCUCUACCGCUCAGCUGCGGAGGAAGUCCCAGUGGAGGACUACACAUUACCAUUAGGAAAAGCACAGGUCUUAAGAGAGGGUGACGCAGCGACUCUGAUCGCGUGGGGAACGCAGCUGCACGUGCUGCUGGAGGUGGCACAGAUGGCAGAAGAGAAGCUGGGCGUCAAGUGUGACGUUAUCGACCUCAUGUCCAUGCUGCCCUGGGAUGAGGAAACUGUAUGCAAUUCUGUGAAGAAGACCGGUCGUUGUCUCAUUGCACAUGAGGCUCCACUCACUUCUGGAUUUGGUGCUGAGCUGGCUGCCACUAUACAGGAGGAAUGCUUCCUUCAUUUGGAGGCGCCCAUCACAAGAGUGACCGGGUGGGACUCUCCAUUCCCACACGUGUUCGAGCCGUUCUACUUGCCUGACAAGUGGCGUUGUUACAGCGCACUCGCCAAACUUAUCGAGUAUUGA